CGUUAGCCAGUGAGCGCCCGGCGGCCACCAUGACGGGUGAGAAGAUACGCACCGUCCGAAAGGACCACAACAAACCAAACAAAAAUGAGGACAUAAUGGACACGUGCGACGACGCCUCGAACGGGACCGUCCCGAACGGUACCGGGAACCAUUUCAGGUCCAACAAGGUCGUCCAGAAAGCUGCCAGAACCUCGGCGCUGCAGCAGCAGCAGCAGCAGCAUCAGCACCACAACGCGAACAACAUCAACGGAAACCCGCCCGCGGUCGGCGGCGUCGUCCACGACCACAACAAGAACCCGAUCAUCCUGAGCAGCGAGGACUUGGACUUCCCGGUGCACGAGUGCGUGUUCAAGGGGGACGUGCGUCGGCUCUCCUCUCUCAUCAGGACCCGCAGCAUCUCGCAGAAAGACGUGCACGGGAACACGCCUCUUCACUUGGCUGUGAUGAUGGGCGCCAAAGAGUGCGCCCUCCUUCUACUGGCCCAUAAUGCUCCUGUGAAGAUAAAGAACGCUCAGGGAUGGAGUCCUCUAGCCGAGGCCAUCAGCUACGGGGACCGGCAGAUGAUCACAGCGAUACUGCGGAAGCUGAAGCAGCAGUCCAGGGAGAGCGUGCAGGACAAGAGGCCCAAAUUACUCAACGCCCUGAAGGAGCUGGGGGACUUUUAUCUGGAGCUGCAUUGGGACUUCCAGAGCUGGGUGCCUUUGCUGUCCCGGAUGCUGCCGUCUGACGCCUGUAAAAUCUACAAGCAGGGGAUCAACAUCAGACUCGACACCACUCUCAUAGACUUCAGCGACAUGAAGUGUCAGCGCGGCGACCUCAGCUUCAUCUUCAACGGCGAGGCCGCGCCCUCCCAGAGCUUCGUGGUUCUGGACAAUGAGGCCAAAGUGUACCAAAGAAUCCACCACGAGGAGUCCGAGAUGGAGACCGAGGAGGAGGUGGACAUCCUGAUGAGCAGCGACGUCUACUCGGCGACUCUGUCCACCAAGUCCAUCUCCUUCGCACGCAGUCAGAUCGGCUGGCUGUUCAGAGAGGACAAGACGGAGAAGAUCGGAAACUUCCUGGCGGACUUCUACGCCGUGAACGGCCUGGUGCUGGAGUCGCGGAAGCGGCGGGAGCACUUGAGCGAGGAGGACAUCUUGAGGAACAAAGCCAUCAUGGAGAGCCUGAGCAAAGGAGGCGGCAUCAGCGAGCAGAGCUAUGAGCCCGCGAGACGGCCGUCCCUCACGGCGCCGGCGCCCAACGCGGUUUCCUGGGAGGAGUACAUCACUGCCGAGCAGGGAAAGCCCCCUCAUCUCGGCAGGGAGCUGGUGUGCAAAGAAAGCAAGAAGAACUUCAAAGCUAAUGUAGCCAUGAGCCAGGAUUUCCCUCUGGGCAUCGAGUCGUUACUCAACGUGCUGGAGGUCAUCGCCCCCUUCAAGCACUUCAACAAACUCCGGGAGUUCGUCCAGAUGAAACUCCCCCCGGGGUUUCCCGUCAAACUGGACAUCCCCGUCUUCCCCACCAUCACGGCCACCGUCACCUUCCAGGAAUUCCGCUACGACCAAUUCGAAGAGUCUACUUUCGUCAUCCCGGCCGAGUACAAAGAAGAUCCCAGUCGCUUCCCCGACCUCUGACCUGUAAACACGUCUGAUACAAACAGGAAGUGACCCGCUGGCUUGGAGAGGAUUCCUGUAUCGUUUCAUUAUAUAAUCUGUUUUUAAGAAAAGGGAACUGGUUUCAAUAAUGAGUUGAUCUUUUCUUGCUGAUGGAUCCAAACAGCUGUUAGCACAUCAGGCUCACGUGUAGAUGCAUAUCUUCAGUUCCUCCGGCGACACAACUUUCCAUCACCACCAUUUUAAUAUCUACUAUUAUCAUCUCCAACGACUGAUGCCUGAACCCUCCCAACCGCGCUGUCAUCUGUAACUCAUCAGGAAAGAAAUAUAUAGCUGUAUCCUCAGACUGAGCGUAACAUUGAUAUAGAAAUGAUGUGCUGUAUAUAUGAACUCAAAGGAAUGAAACGCUGUAGCAAUACAUUUCCACUGCGUAAGAAUGUUUUGAACCAGCUGGGAGGAGAAGGGCUCACAACAUGGAAGCGACCUGCUGCACCUUCGGCUCACGUUACCUCUCUGCUGUCACCGUGUCCGUCCUGAUGGUGCAAGUGGAGACUGUGUGUGUGUGUGAGCCCAGAUGGGAUAUCAGGUAAAGUGCUCCUAGUUUGAUGCUGCACUGAUGAGGUAUAUUUAAGGCACGCUGGUUCACCUGCAUCUUUCAGCUGCAUUCUGAGCAUUUUGUGACGUUCCCUGCAGACUUAUUGGUAUUCAGAUUAAAAGGGAACCGCUGAAUGGUAACACUAACACUAAGGAACACUUUCUCGUGGUUACUGCGCGUUUAUUUUUUAUUCUAAUGCGAGUAAACUGAAGUCCAUAUUGCUGGAUCUCCGAAAAACUGUCCGGAUGGCAAAUAAUGUGAUGCAUCGAGUUGAUUCUAGCUUCAUGUACUGCAACCAUACCUACUUCACUUCCCUUUAAAUAAAGCACCAGCAUCAUGUUUAAACUGA